CCAACCAGAAGGAGAGAGUUCAUAUCCGGGAUAAACAAGGACAUGUGUUUGGUAAAGAUCCUUGAGAAUGUUACUUUCUGUUUCCACCUUUAAUUCGGAUUUAUUUUGGAUUACAGCGUAAGUCGCCGUCAUGGCUCAUGUCUCCAGAGUGCGCUCCCUUUACAAGAGGAUCCUGGUGCUGCACCGGUUCCUGCCCAUAGACCUGAGAGCCCUGGGCGACCAGUACGUGAAAGACGAGUUCAGGAGACACAAAAAGGCUUCAGCAGAGGAGGUGAAGAGCUUCAUGACAGAGUGGGAGAACUACAAGGACACCCUGCAGACUCAGGUGCUGGAGGCAUCGAGGGAGCGACUCAGCACGGUCAAGUUUGGAGCCAUCCUGUCAGAGGGGAAUCUCGGCAACCUCCAGGAGGAACAGAUCGGCCAGCUGUACGAACUCAUGCUCGAAACCACCAAACCCAACAGACAGUUCGACAUCCAGGAGGGCGACAAGUGAAGCAGAAAUGUGCUUGGACAAAGUGAGAGACAGAAGGUGCUGUGAUGAAUUCAGACCAAAACCUCUGAGUGCUUCAGACGAACAGUGGGACUAAAAGGCCAAGUCGAAGGCUUUUAAGAAUAUUUAAUUAUAGAAAAGUGCUGUGUAAUAUCUCCUGUGCUUGUCUCUUCCACUGUGACAAUAAAAAGAGGUUCCUCACGCCCCGCAGGUACAUUAGCGUGGCA